AUGGAGUUGAAACGUGUUUUUGUUGCCGACGACUCUCUUCUCCAACGAAAACUCGGAAAAGGGAGAUUAACGGAGCUUACAGCCAAAGAAGACAGUCAACUUGAAGGGCAACUGGCAAAGCUUCCACAGGAUUUGAUAAAUGAGAUUGGAAAAAGAUUGAUAAACUAUGCUGAUUACAUCCGAUUGCAGUCAACUUGUAAGUCAUUGAAAUCCAUGCUGCCAAAGAUGCCAAACCACCAAUUUAGUCAAGUACCAUGGCUAAUGCUCCCACACGACAACGUGAGUGAAAAUACACGUUUCAGUUUCCUUAAUCCGUUAGAAAAUAAGAUGUAUAACCUUGACAUUCCAGAAGUAAAGGGAAUGUUGUUGCGCGGAUCAUCGUAUGGUUGGAUACUAGCUGUUGAUGGGUAUCCGAAGUUGUGUUUAAUUAAUCCGUUUACUAGGGCUCAAAUUCAACUGCCACCUCUAGACACAUUUCCAGAUGUUUUGAGUUUUGAUCCUAAUAUGCCUAAUAAAGAAUAUUUGAUUUAUAAAGAAAGAUCAUAUCUUCGUAGUCAAAAAACACAUACCAGAGGAGUGGCCUACUUUCGAAAAGUUUUUGUUAAUAAGGUUGUCCUAUCAUCGAAUCCUGUUUCUAAUGAUUACACAGCCAUCGCCAUCUACGGUGAGUUUGAAGAGUUGGCUUUUUGCAGAAGUGGAGAUAAGAAAUGGAGUAAGUUAAAUAUUCCAGGAUAUGGUGAUGACAUCAUGUCUCAUGAAGGAAAAUUCUAUGUUUUAAAUAUUAGCAAAGGAGUUUGGAUUGGUGACGCUACUUCUCUGCCAAAGAUGACAAGAAUUGCACCGCCUCAACAUACCCCAGAUGCGUGCUGGUUGGUGCGAAUGACAUCUGGUGAACUUGCGUUCGUUAAUAUAAGAUUUGAAUGUAAACCAUUAGUUGAUCCCAAAGGAAGAGAAUAUUACAAAACGACCCACUUUGUGGUCUACAAGCUAGAUCAGAGACGGUUGAAAUGGAAUGAAGUAACAAGCAUAGGAGACGAUGCAUUCUUUAUUGGAAAGAAUAACUCAUUAUCUGUCUCGUCUCAGAAUCUUCCUAAUGGUUGGAGAAAGAAUUGUAUUUACUUUUCUGAUGCCUACACUGAAGGCCACAUAGAUGGAAUUGUAGGUGGUUAUGACAAUGUUAUGUACAACUUGGAAACUAGAAGAAUCGAGUCAAUACCAGGAUAUGUUCAUUAUGUUGUAAGUGAUUCGUUGUUGGUGUCGCCUGCACCAAUUUGGGUUAUUCCUAACCCAUCUAUAUAA